UAAUGGGUUACUGCUCCACACUGUUCAUUUGUUUAACACCAAAAUGGGGGCACUUAUUAUGCGAGGGGAUUGAUGACUCACCAUUGGCCAGCUCUGUGAAAUGGACUAACAAAGCUGAGAAAACAUUUGUUUAGUGAGCAUAGUUACUGUCUUGCCAGAAGCCUAUAGAAAUAUUUUGCUACAAAAACAGACGGAUAUAAUAGGAUUUCUUAAGCCUGUGAAGUGAUCCUACUUUGUUUAGUGUCUAUUUUCGGUAGGAGUCAAGAUCUUCCUUUCAGAAGAGGAAUAAUGUCAGAGACCAACCAGAAAGUCCCAGACCUGUCUGACAUUAGUGAGGUCAUGCUGCCUGUCAGUCAUCUUCAGGUAGUUGACAUAAUUGAUGGAAUAGGGAUGAACGCAGAAAUCACUCAGAUAGAAUUAUUAGAUGCCAACAGAGCAUCACCUCUCGUGGAUGAGAAUCAUAACAGUUGCAACACGGAGUUAGAAGACACAACUAUUUCUAAUGCUGUGUCAGAAGAAUACAAUAGGGACACAGAGAUAGAGCAAGAUAAGCAAGAAGAAGAAAAGGACAAAAAGAAGAAAGAAGAGAAGGAAACAGAACCCAGAGCUGCUGUGCAGACUGCAACGCCAGAACCUAGAAAUGAAGGAAGAGAUGAUGAAAACUUAGAUUUACAAGGAGGACAUGAGGAGGAGGGAAUAACAGCUGCAGAAGAAACUAAAGUAGAAUAUAAAGAAAAUGGUCAGGAAGAAAAAGAAGGAGGAGAAACCGUGGAAGCUCAGCAGGAGAUAGAAAGUGACAAAUCAUCUGAUAAGUGUUUCGAAAAAGAAGAAAAAGAACACGGUGAGCAGGAGGAAGACAAACAAAAUGAAAGCGACGAUUUACAGCUAUCCGAGCAUGUAGUCCAGUUACAUGAAACACAAGAAAGCAACAAAGAAGGAGAGGUUGAAGAAGAUGAGGAAGAAAUGUGUCCAGAAGAAUACCAAGACAAAAAUGAUUCUCAGGAAUUUCCUUCCGACAACCCUGACUGCAACACAGAUAUGGAAUCACCAGCUAUCUGCAAGGAGCUCUCAGGGGCAGGAAGAAAGCCAGACAUUAUUAGACAAAGUUACCCCAACAGAUACAACACUGUCUCCUACCGAAAAAUCAGAAAAGGAAACACGAAGCAGAGAAUUGAUGAAUUUGAAUCUAUGAUGCAUGUAUGAACUGAGGAUACAAUGCAGCUGCCCUAUACACUUCAUUUUAAAUAUAUAGUACAAAUAUACGUCUGAAAUGAGUAGCAUUUUUUAUUUUAUGCAGUUAUUUCUGAGUAGAAUCCAGAUUUGAACUCUCUUAACUUCAUUUACAUCAUUACUAAUCUUAGAUUUUUGUAACCAACAGCCCAAUAAAGGAUUGUGCUUUACAACUGUGCAGUAAAAUGUCUAAAAGUAAUAAACUGGCUGUUAAACAUA